AAUAUGGCGGCGCCCUGGUGUAAGCGGCUCCUCCAGUGGUGGGUCUGCUGUUCGGGCUCCAUCCCCGGGGCCUUGCGGAGCGGAAGCCGUUUGAGGGCUACCCGGUUGGAGAGUACCGUCUGCUUCCUCUUUCUGCGGGCUUACUGCCGCAAGAGCAGCCUGUAUGACCACGUGAGGGACGGGUACUCUGACAGGCCCCAGCUGGACAUGGGGCUGGUCUGCAGUCACACCCAGGCUGUGCUCGAUAAUGUGCAGAAUCGCAAGGGCGAGCUGACUGGGGAGGAUGUGGCUGACAUCGUCUCUACAUGGAAACAAUUGGUGAAAACAAAGGUGGAAAUCGAGAAAUUAGAAAAUGAGAAAAAUAGAAUCAGUGAUUCAGUUAAAGCCCUCCUGGACAAGCACAAUAAAGAAGCCCUUAAAUCUCAUCCUGACUUCUCAAGACUGCGAAACCGAGGAAAGGAAAUUCGCCUGGAAUUAAAUUUUCUUUAUGAUCAAGAGAACCAGCUGGAUGAGCACUUUUAUCUAAAGGCCUUGAAGCUACCCAACUGGACUCAUCCAAGUGUGCCUGUAGGUGACGAGACCCAGGCUCGUGCGGUUGAAAUCGUCGGUGAGAAGCCAGUGUUUGAUUUUAAAUCCAAGGGCCAUUUGCAAAUUGGUGAAGACCUGGACAUCAUCAGACAACGCCGACUCUCUCAUGUUUCUGGCCAUCGAUCAUACUACCUGCGAGGAGCAGGCAGUGAACUGCAGCACGCCUUGGUCCAGUUUACAAUGAGCAAGCUCCUCAACAAGGGCUUCACACCAAUAACUGUGCCAGAUAUGCUGAGAGGCGCUGUGUUUGAAGGCUGCGGGAUGCAGCCCAAUGCCAAAGCCUCUCAGGUUUACCAGCUCAAUCCAACUCGCUUUGAGGAUCUGUGCCUGGCAGGUACAGCUGAGGUUGGCAUCGCAGGUUAUUUCAUGGACCAUGCUGUAAACCUGCAGGAUCUGCCUGUGAGGAUGGUGUGUUGCAGUACGUGCUACAGAGCAGAGACAGACACUGGGAGGGAGGCCUGGGGACUCUACAGAGUCCACCAUUUUGCCAAGGUUGAGAUGUUUGGAGUGACUGCAGCAGAGACUGGGAGUGAGAGCACCGAGCUCCUGGAGGAGUUUGUGAUGCUGCAGAAGGAGAUCUUCUCUGAUCUUGGACUCCAUUACAAGGUGUUGGAUAUGCCAACUCAGGAACUUGGGCUUCCGGCUUAUCGUAAAUUUGACAUCGAAGCAUGGAUGCCCGGGAGGGGUAAUUAUGGAGAGAUUUCGAGUGCAUCUAACUGCACAGACUACCAGAGCAGAAGGUUGAACAUCAUGUAUUAUGAGGAAGCUGCUCAGCUGAAAUAUGCUCACACUGUUAAUGCCACCGCCUGUGCUGUACCCCGCACGCUAAUCGCUAUCUUGGAAUGUAACCAGCUCAAGGAUGGCAGCGUGCGGGUGCCAGCGGUUCUCCAACCCUACCUUGGCAAAGAAUUGAUCAGUUAUCCCACCCACAGCCCGUUACGUUACAUCGGGCCGAACCAGUACCAGAGGAACCUCACCAAGGCCCAGUGAGGGCCAACCACUCUGCAAGUGACUGGGGACUGCCCAGAUCUCCAAGUUAGCAUUUCUUGGGACUUGACCAAGGGGUGGUCACCUCACAGUUUAAUCCUUUAGUCUCUGUCUCUCUGUCUCUGGCUCUUUCUUCCCCCCCCCACUCCCCAACCAUCUCUCUGCUCCCCCCACCCCCCGUCUCCGUCUCUCACUCUUGCUCUCUCGCUGAAGGCGCUGAUGCUUCCUUGGGCGACAUUUGGAUCUGGGUCUCUCGGACCCUCUUGUGCCAGGCCCACAGCAGAACUUGGGCCAGGGCUGCUCGAGGAAGAAGUGGAGAGAGGGAAUCCUGAAGGGAAACCGCUCAGGAAGAGGAAGAAUUGUGCAGGACCCUCCUCUCCCAGAGGGACCAAGCUGACGUACACAUGUGCACAGAGACCCUUCAGUAACAAGACAGUGGGGAACGUGGAAAGCAAUGUGGAAGUGCCCCCCUCAGCCCCUUGUCCAGGUUCCUUUCCUUGCCCCGACGUCCCUGGGGCUGUGAUUUCAGACUCUGUAGAGCUCCUUGCUGUACAUCUGCCCUUCAGAACACUCCAGUAAUUUAUCUCAACAAGUGAUCGUCUGGGGGCAGGUGGUAGAAUUUUUUUAAUUUUGAAACAGAUUAUCAUGUUUAAGGGUUUUAUCAGCAGAGCUUGUGUCCAAAAAUUGGAGGGUGAAUCACUGACAGAAUUAUUUCCAGAAGAGAAAUAAAAAGGAUUGUUUUUUAAA